GUUAAAUUUAUGUUGAAGGAGAGCGUAUCGGUCAACUCACUCGUUUCUUGCUGCGACCCGAGUUGGAUCUAUGGGCGACCCCUGUUCGUACCCGAGAGACUAGAUAGGUGAUAAAACAUACAGAAUGGCUGGGAAAGAUGCGCCACUACAUAACGCUGCUAAACCUCUGGAAUGGUUGAUUGGUAAAUGGAAAGGCCAGGGAAAGGGGAUAUACCCAACUAUUCAGGAUUUUGAUUUUCUGGAAGAAUUAGAAUUUUUCCAUGUAGGUCAACCAAUGCUUCAAUUUAGCUUUUACUCUGUAAAUAAAGAAACGAACAAACCUCUUCAUAGGGAAAUUGGAUUUAUCCGGAUUAAACCAGGAACAAAUCAAAUUGCUUGCAUAUCAUCACAUAAUAAUGGUGUAAGUGAAAUGGCAGAGGGAACAGUUGCAGGCCAGAUUGUUAGUUUGGAAUCACAUACGAUAGGAAGAAUGACGUUUGGAAAAGAUCCAAAGACUGUGAAGCUGAAGAGAACCUUUACUCUUGAUGGAGACACACUACAUCAGGUGGUGUACAUGGAAACUGACACCGUUCCUUUAACAGAACAUCUAAGGACAACAUACAAGAAAGUUUAAUUACGUCCUAGUAGUCAUGAAUAUUUCAACGACCUUGACUUUUUGUACGCCUGUCAUAGAAUCAUACAUGUAGAUGGAGUAUAUCAUGGUAUGAUGCACUGCGUUUGUCAGCACCUUGUGGGUCAGAUAAAAACAAGGAUAGAAUCAUCAAACGUGGUACACAUGUUCCCAAUAACUAGAGUAAACAACCUAUUGAUUUCCAAAUUCAUGGGUCAGAAGUCAAGGUCAAAGUUACAUGAGUAAUUCUACAGGCUCAAAACAAGAUAGAAAGAGUACUUAUGAAUUUAGGAUAAUCAAGAUUAAAAGAAAGUUUCAAGGCCAUAGGUCAAGAUCGUACCUGCAUGGGUACUUCUGCAGGCACAACACAAGAUAGAAGCAGUACUAAUAAGGGUAGCAUGAUAAAACUUGCUACAUAUAUUUAACUACGACAGGCGGAUUUUAUUAUGAUAUGGUGCAGUAUUCCUGUAUGCCUGUCUAUAAAUUAGCAGUCGCCUGUUCAUCAGCACGUGGUAGGGAGGUUAAAGUGUUCUAAUAAGGCUGGGAAACCCUUCGAAUUAGCAUUUUAUUGUUACUCUUCAAUGUCAGAGAAAGUGCUCACAGAACGCUGUCAAAGCCAUUAAUCGCCAAGGAUUAGACGUUGGUCCUUUCACUACUAACCGCAGUACUAAACGUAAAGAAAUGCAUAUUGUACGGGUGUGUUUUGGUGUAUGACCUCUUUCAUGUACUUCCAACCUUGUCAGUCAUUUAACACGCAAUUUUGCUAUGUAUGUGAUGAAAUUUAUCAUUGAAGUUAUUAGAAUAAUAAAUGAUUGCCUUCA